GUUUUGUGACUAUAGUCAUCAUCAUCAUCAUCAGCAUGCCUCGUGGAAGAUCAGCAACCAGUGCCCUCUCUGACAGCAGUGACUUGGAAUUUGAUGGAAUUGCUGAGACAGAGAUUGAAAAACUGCAGAGACAGUUUCGUAUAACGGAGGGGGAUCGGCAGGCCUACAGCAUCCAGUCACAGGAAAAAAUUCGCAAACAGCGCCAGGAGAUUUCUAAGCUGCGUGAGGAACAGGAGGAGUUGCUUCGUGUGCUCGAGUGCCAAUCGCAUAGAAAGAACGACAAUCAGGACACUGAGAGUAUCCAAACUCUGCUGGAGCAACGAAACACGCUGGAGGAUCAACUAGACAAUGAGAGACAGACCCAAACACAGAUGGAACAGGAGAUCAUGAAUAUGGAGAAAAGGCUGGUGGAAGUGAAAAGAGGAGAGGUUAUGGCUUCCCAGAGUCACAUGUCUCAGGCCCGCCAGACUCAGAAGGCCACACGCACCCUGGAGAACAAACUGGACCGGGCUCUUAUUCGGUUUAACGAACAGCUGACGAAGAACAGCCAGUUCAGAGAAGAGCUCGAGACACUCCGCAUGGAACGCGUCCGAUUCCAGCAGCUGCAUCGCAGACUGGAGAAGGUAUUGCAAGAUGUUCGUAAGGAUAUUGGUGAAGUUAUCGACAUGUCAACCUCAGCUUAUGAUGUGAGAGAGGAGGCACAGACCAAAAUUACCAUGAUGAAGGAGAAGGCGAUAAAGGAUUUUGCGCAGUACUCAGCUGAGAUGAAGGAGCUGGAGAGAGUCAUCGCUCAUGAACGCCGACUCAAAGAGUUCAUGACCACCAAGAGUAAUGAGAGAACCGCCUUGGAUGAUGGACAGGAAAUGAGACGCAGACAAGAGAUGAAGGAGCAGAGGAGGGCAGACGCCGGAGAGGAGACAUUUGACACUCUGGAGGAGGUUUUCCAGCGGAUCAAGAGAUUGACUGGGGAAGAUAAUUUGAAGAUGUUGGUUACAAAUUUCAUUCAGGUUGAGGACAAGAACUUUGCUCUUUUCAACUUUGUGAAUGAACAGAACAUAGAAGCUGAGAGACUGAGAGAGCAAAUCCAUCAGAUUGGAGAAGAGAUGAAGCAGUUGCACAUGAAAGGUGUCCAAAAGGAACAGGAAAAUCAGGUGGCGUUAAAAGAGUCGAUGGAUCUACAGCAAGAGUGUGAGACACAAGCUCAACAGUAUGAAGCCCAGGCCGAUGACAUCAGCAAGAUCCUUCAUCAGAUCAAAACCGGGACAGACCGUGUGUUCAAUAAGAUUGACUGCGACCGGACACUGGUGGUAGACAUGCUGGGCUCUUCCUCUGGGAUCAGAGACAGUAACAUCAUGACGUACCUCAGCCUGGUGGAGCAGAGAACCAGUGAACUGCUCACCAUUCAAGCCUUCAUUAAUUCUAAGGACCUGGAGAAGAGUUACGACCUGAAAGAGGUCGCUCAGUUCCUGCUGGGUCAGAAACCAGAUGUGCUGAGACACGCAGAGAUCGUUCAGCCGCCCAUUACCAGGCAUGAUUAUGAGGCUGAGGACUCUUCUCUCACAGAUGAGGAGGAUCGACCUUUGACCCACAAAGAACUCCAUCAGCAUGUUAUGAUGAGCAGUGUCGUGCGUAAAGACGAGUCUCUGCGUGCAGGAGGAGGCAGAGAUGUGAAAACCCCUAAGAGCAGCACCAUGUCUAGCAGCAGACAGCGCUCGCUGGAGCCUUAAGACACUAUCUGGUCUUCUAAUAAAAAAAGUUGAAAAUUAUAUAUAUAGGCUAUAAUUCUUUUUCAGCUCCAUUCAAACAUGCUUAAUAGCUAUCUAGCUAGAUUAUACCUAGGUCAUUCAUUCUAUCAUUAUUUACUCAUUAACCCGUAUGCUGUUCUAUGGAACAAAUGUUAAGAGUUUGGAAUGACAUGAGGGUGAGUAAAUAAUUACAGAAUUGUCAUUUGAUGAACAGUUCCUAAUAACAAACAGAAGAGGGCAGAAUUUAGCCAAAGUUAGUGAGUCAGUUCGAUCAUAGAACUCCCACAAUGCUCUCAUGUCUGUCAUGUUUACAGUAUAUUUGAAUAAAUCAACA